GCGGAGCGGGCGCGGCACCGGCGGUUGAGGCUGUGAAGGAGGAGGCCACCCCACCCAGGCAGCCAUGGCCCCCACGCUGGCCACGGCGCACCGGCGGCGCUGGUGGAUGGCGUUCACGGCCAUCAUCGAGAACCUGCUCUUCUCCGCCGUCCUGCUGGGCUGGGGGUCCCUGCUCAUCAUGCUGAAGGCAGAAGGGUUUUAUUCCUACCUGUGCUACGGGUUGGAGACCACCACCAACAGCUCUGAGCUCGAGAACAGCACAGCUUCGGAGCCCAAAUGGCCUUCCUGCAACGCCCAGGAUGAAAUGCUGAACUUGGCCUUCACCAUCGGCUCCUUCCUGCUCAGCGCCAUCACGCUGCCCUUGGGGAUUGUCAUGGACAAGUACGGCCCCCGCAAGCUGCGCCUGCUGGGCAGCGCCUGCUUUGCCGUGUCCUGCGUGCUGAUCGCGUACGGUGCCAGUAACCCCGACUCUCUGUCUGUGCUGAUAUUCAUUGCCCUGGCUCUGAAUGGCUUUGGUGGGAUGUGCAUGACCUUCACGUCGCUCACGCUGCCCAACAUGUUUGGUGACCUUCGCUCCACGUUCAUUGCUCUGAUGAUUGGCUCCUAUGCUUCCUCUGCUGUGACUUUCCCAGGAAUCAAGGUUAUAUACGACUUUGGGGUCUCCUUCAUCCUUAUUCUGCUUGUCUGGGCAAGCUGUGCAGGACUCGUUUUCCUCAACUGCUUCUUCAACUGGCCCCUGGAGCCUUUCCCAGGACCAGAGGACAUGGACUACUCGGUGAAAAUAAAGUUCAGCUGGCUGGGAUUUGACCACAAAAUCACUGGGAAGCAGUUCUACAAGCAAGUGACGACCGUGGGGCGCCGCCUCAGCGUGGGGAGCUCCAUGAAGGGCCCCAAGGAGCCGGCAGCUUUGCAGGAGAACAACAAGCUCUGUCUGUCUACGGUGGACCUGGAAGUGAAGUGCCAGCCCGACAGUGCAGCUACUCCCUCCUUCAUGAAGAGUGUCUUCAGUCCCAUCCUGUUGCUCAGCCUUAUCACCAUGUGUGUCACUCAGCUGAGGCUCAUCUUCUACAUGGGAGCCAUGAACACCAUCCUUGAGUUUCUGUCUGGAGACGAGAAACAAGUGGCUCUCUACACUUCCAUUUUUGGGGUCCUGCAGCUGCUGUGCCUGCUGACAGCGCCUGUGAUCGGGUGCAUCAUGGACUGGAGAAUGAAAGAGUGUGACGAUGGCUCGGAAGAGAACGAGGAGAGCGGCGCCGAGCAAGGUGACAAGAAAAAGAAAAAGCGUGACCGCCAGAUCCAGAAAAUCACCAACGCCACCAAUGCCUUCGUGUUCACCAACUUCCUGCUGGUUGGAUUUGGAAUCACCUGUCUUAUUCCUAACCUACCCUUGCAGAUUCUGUCCUUCAUUUUGCACACAAUUGUGAGAGGGUUCAUCCACUCGGCUGUGGGAGGCCUCUAUGCAGCUGUAUACCCCUCCACUCAGUUUGGCAGCUUGACAGGGCUGCAGUCGUUGAUCAGUGCCCUCUUUGCCCUUCUGCAGCAGCCUCUCUUCAUGGCACUGACGGGACCUUUGAAAGGAGACCCCCUCUGGGUGAACGUUGGCUUGCUUGGCAUGAGCCUCCUGGGUUUCUGCCUCCCAAUCUACCUGGUCUGCUACAGGCGCAGGCUAGAGAGAGAAAAAAAGCAGAAGAUGGAAGAUGCCAAACUCUUCUUCAAAAUCAAUGGCACUCCCACUGAGGAAGCCUUUGUUUAAACUGGUGCUUCAUGUACAGCCUCCCCUGUACAAGUUCCUACCAUGUCUGUGGGUUCUACCUGUGGUUGUAAGCCAGGACUUUGCUCCCCUGGCUCUGCUGGUCUUUGCUCAUCACUGGAGUGAGGGCUGGACAUCAAGACUGAGACUUCCUCAGAUCUAUGGCAGGAGGAGACUUCCCACUCCUUACUCCCAAACACGGGACACUUUUCCUUUUUAUAAAGGCCACACAGAUAUUGUGUCUUAAAUUAUCCCCUGAUCACACUCUCCAGCAGCAGAGAGUUUGCAUAGGAUACUGGGGAGAGAAGGAAUAGAGGGAUGGGGAAGAGGGAAGACAGACCAUAAUCUGAGUUUCCAAAUGUAACACGCUGCAAUCUGUUUUCUCCCCUUCUUCCCCCAAACUUGGCUGACACAGUCUUGGAUGCAAGCUGCGCUCUCCUCCCUCCCCAAGGCUUCAUAAUGGUCUUUCUGCUUGAUGUGUAGCUGGAACCAGUGGUUUUACUGUCUCUCCAGACAUAUCCCUGUUUCUGAGGCAGGGAAGGGGUUUUUAUUCCUAUGUGUGUGAGCACAGCUUCAGUGUAUUGCUAAAUGUUGGCUGCUAGCACUGACAGCUCCCAAACCUUUUAUUACUGCAAAUGACACAGACUGUGAGCAAUGGAUCUGCCUUCCACACUGAAAUGAAGACCCGAUAGUGGACUGCUGGUCCUAGACCAAGCCUUGAGAGGCCUGGAAUUCCUCUUCUUCCCAGUUCACAAACUCACCUGUACGUGUUUUAAACUGUCUGCAGUCCUGGAGCCUCUGAGAUAAGAAUUGGAUCUUGUUUACCGCUGAAGUGCUUUGAGACUUGUUGCCUUUUGCCUCUUCUUCCCCCCUGAUGUGACCCUGGGAGGGGAGCAGCAGUGUGUAUUCAGUAAAGUGGAGAAGCUUCUAGAAGCUGAGUUCUGGGGCUUCAGCUGCCUUGGUGUUCACGUGCCGUGAGCUGACCUGCUGGUGAAAAGAACCAAGAGUGCAGAACACUCCUUUGUGUCCGGUAACUGGAUCCUGUGGACAUAUGGGCAGGGUGAUGUCAUUUUUCCUUUAGCCAUAGCUUAUUUACCUUGGUAUGAUGAUGGUCACCAAGCUGCUGAACACCAGGUUACUGUGACUGACCAAAGUGCUGCCAGUUUGGCUGUUCUAGGAGCCUUCUACGAUGUUUGAUGCUCUGUCUGGACAGAGCACCUGGUCACUGAUUGUAUGGUGAAACUGUCAGAGCAAUAUAUGUGGGUAAAGGUGCCCCAGGCCUGUUCACACCAGGGAGGGAACACAAAGGGAAUUUUUAACCUGCUUAUUUUUAUAGAGGUUUUCCUUGUCUAAAGCAGACUUUUCUGCCCUUAACCUUCUUGUUGAGGUCGGUAGCUCAGGCUCUUGUAGCCCUGUGUUAAGCACUGCACGGAGUGGAGCUGCUGGGAGCAGGACUGUGCAGGGGUGAGGACGAGCGGCACCGACUGCACUGGGCUGAGCUGGUGGCUGCGGGAAGGUUGGGGCAGAAAUAAAACAAUUACGGAGACCUGGUGGUGGUGUUUUACUGCUCAGACAUUCAACCUGUCGAUGUCUGCUUGGGAAAGUCCAAGAAACAGCACCGCGCUGCGCCCUUCCUGUGAGAAAUUCCCUGCAAGCUGCGUGUUAAGUCCUUCGCUGGGGGUUCGAAGGGGACAGAGCCUCGGCCCGGGCAGGGGUUCAGCUUUCCUAAAGAUCCCCAAAGCCGGCAGCGGGGCCCGGAGCCCCGCGGGUCCCUGCGGUGCCGGUGCUCCGUGGGCUGGCAGCGCCAUCUCCAGUCGCUGCUGCUGCACACUCCGUGGUACCUCGGAGUCUUCAGUCACUCGUUUCAGAAGGACUGGCCACUUGAGGAUUUUACACGUUUGUGACCUUUUUUUUUUUUGAAUGUGUUGCCUUUAUUAAAUGUGUUUUGUUUCGAGGCAGCCUUUACUGCCUGCUGUCGAUACUGUACUCUUCUGGAACUUUUUGUCUUGUGGUGAUGAUUUAGUGACCUUUCAGUCUUUUCUUUGAGCAAUAAUUAGGGCAGAGUUUUGGUUAAUUUUCCUGGUCGCCUGUCUUGUCUUGGGUACAUGUUCAGAGACACACCAGCAGUGGUACAGCUUGCCUGGACUGCCAGAGGGCUUUCUGCGGGUUUCUGCGUUUUUUAUUACAAUACUUCUAAAUAUUUUGAGAAGAGUCCUGCUCAGAGAUUCUUGUGGCAUGACACUGACAGAUCAGGUGCGUCAGCCUCCAUCCAUAGUCUCAGUGUCUUCAAGCAGAGUUGGAGGGUGUUUUGUGUGCUAGCCCAGCAUUACUUCCACCUCAGUUUCAGAAUUGAAUGUGAUUUAUUCCACUCUUGUAUCACUUAAAUGCCUGUAACAAAUGUCCCAGCAAAACAGUGGAAUAGAGAAUGGCAUAUUUUAGUGAAGUCUUAGUGGAGAUGCUGCUGCCUUUUAAUUUAGCUGCACAUACUUCAAAGAACACACUUUUAUUUCUGCCAUCUACCUCCCUACUGUAGUUCCCUUUAUUAGAGAUAUCUUCAAAUCCAGUUUCAUCUGAUAAACUGGUGAAUGUGUGUGCUUAGUGUCUGCUGAUGUGCCAUGGUGGUCAGAAGCUGCUGGUCAGCUCUGAGGAGUUGAGCUCAUGUCCUGGUGGGUACAGAGCGAGGUUUUAGCUGUUCAGGGUUGAACAGACAAAUAGGAUCAUGUUCUGGGGCUAUGCAAAGUCAAACAGUGGAAGUCUUUGCUGCAGAAUGUAGUGGGGAACAGAAGUAUUAUUAUUAUUUUUUUUUUAAGAGGCUGGUUAAACAAUGGUCUGAUGCAUCCACUAACUCAGGGAGAUUUAAAGUUGCUGUAAAUAAGAAAGUUAUGCCAAGGAAAGAUACUUGUCUGCAUGUUCUGUCUUGUAAGAAUUGGUCAAAGCUGGAGAAAACACGUUGGGCUAAAGUGAAACACUGGUCUGAUCUAAUGGGGUGAAAUUUAUUUUGAUGGCUGUGAACCAAACUAAUUUCAAGAGCAGUCUCAAAUUUAUCUAUCAAAAACCUGCAUCUGCAUGCAAGAUGUGCAAAUACUCUACUGAUUGUGCAGCUUCAGACCUGCACCUCCUGCAGCAGUGGGGUCAGUGAAGGGCGAUAUUCUGCCUUCAGAUUCUUCUAAACGUUGUCUUUCGCAGUGCAGAAACAGCAGGGCUGGUCGUGUCUUGUGUGGUUGAUCAGGGGCAGUUUGCCUCGUCCUUGGAUGCUUAGGGAAAUAGAAUUGUGGGUUAUAUAUAUUUGGAGUGGAAAACGGCAUUGCUGAGUGUUUCAGGACCAAGAGAAUUCCUGGUGCGCUCUGUGUGUGCGUGAGCCACCUUGUGGGGAAAAUAAAUGGGCUGCCGAAGACUAGAGAGUCACAGCAGCUAGCAUCAAUAAUGCAUUUAUCUCUAUAACUCAAAUAUAGGUCAAUGUGUUUAGCUGCUCUCAUGAUUCCUAAAUUUGUAGGACUUGGGGUUUUUUAUGUCCUUUGUACCUCCUUACCCUGAUCCAUACGGGAAGCGUGAGGAGGGUGGCCAUGGGAAAGACCUCCAUGGAAGCAGAAACCUGAUCUGUCAGUACCUCAGAGUCAAAGGUGUUGCUGUGUAAAGUGAUUGCACCUUCUGGAGACACUGCUCCCAGGCUUUACAGCCUCUUACAUUUAAUCUGCAUUUGUAUUUAAAAAAAAAAAAUAAUGGAAUUCACGGAGUGGGGAAGGGAGGGUGACAGCUUCUUGCUUUCACUAAUCUGUCAGAACCUAAGCCCCGUUGACACAGCCUUUACAGCACUAAGGCAAUGACACGAUGUCAGAAGUAGCAGAGAAAAUCUGUGCUGUUCUGCUUAAUAGGACACUUACACUAUGACAGUCACCGAGCAAAGCUAUAUCUGGAUCCUUGAGAUGAAGCUGGACACAGAUGUCUGGGAAAAAAAAGGGGGCAAAUCUUGCUGAGACACCAACUUAACUGCAAUGAUGCUACAGCAACUGAAAUGUUCAACUCCCACGGAAAAACCUGGCCUCUUCAUGCUCUGGCUGCAAAAGAAAAUUGCAGGAUAAUGAGAUUUUAACUAAGUCCGUAAAUCAUGAAAAUGUUUUCAAGUAGGAGAUUUCCCUCUUGACAGGCUGAUGAAUUUGGAAAAUAUGCUACAAAAUUUAAAGCAGAUACUGUAGGGUAAAGGGAAUGAAAUCUUUAAACUACAUAUAUUUGCUACUCUUUUUUCCCCCUUUGAUCUUUUUUUUUGCCUGCAUCUGCAGAGCUUUUUGGUAUUCCGUACACCCCAGUUUAGAAGUGCAAACUGGUCAUAAUGGAAAAUAGUAUUACAGUAGGAUUCCUGAUGGGAACAGACUGGUUUGGGGUUUUUUAAAUUUAAAAAAAAAAAAAGGCCAUUUCUGAUUUAUAAUUCGCAAUGUUAUCUUCUCUGGAAUAGCUGAAACAAUGAUGUGUUAUGUAGCUGCAGUGUUACAUGUUAAUUAUAAAGCCCACAGGUUCUUGUUUUCCUCCAUGUGCUGCCAGCCUGUCUCUGCACAAUCUGUUUUUACCAGGUGUCCUGUGCUCCACGUUGUCAUCCUACUGCUGUUUGUCACUUCCUUGUGCCUGACCCUCUGUCACCUGCUUUUAAUUCUGGAGACAAUCCCCUCUUUCAAAAAAAACCCCCACUCUUUAACCUGCCAGCAUUACCUCUCCUGUCUACCUUUUCCUGCCCACAGAAUGUUUUGUAGCAUUUGCCAAAGUGGAAUUGUAAACUCCUCGGGGCAGGCCUGUGUCAUCUUCUCUGUGUUUGUAAGGUGAUGUGCACUCUUGCAGUACUAUCUCAAAAUAAAGUGGUAAUAAGUUAA